UGUUGUAGAUUUUCCUGAUGUCAUACGUCUAGCGAAUGUUGUCUGCGCGAUCGAUAAUACAAAUUGGUUUUCGGAGUUUGGGGAGGUCAUAUUGUGUGAGCCUUUAAUGGACGUUAAGGGUUGGUGUGGAAGGUAUUGAAAGUAACUGGAAAAGUGCAAUAAUGGAUUCGACUGGUGCGUAUGGCGGUGGAAAAGCUGGGGGUGCGUUCGACCCUCAGGCCUUCAUUCAAAGACCCCCUGUAAUCGUCAGGGCGGUUUGUUGGCUCUUCAGCGUGAUCGUAAUGGGCUGCAUAUCAGCCAAGGGCUGGUACAUCAGCAAGAAGGACGGCAAGGAGUACUGCGCCUACAACGACGACACCAACGCGUGCAACUAUGGCGUCGGCAUCUCCGUGAUCGCGUUCAUCGCGUCCAUCGCGUUCAUUGUGGGAGAAUACCUCUUUGAACAGAUGUCGUCGGUGAAAACUAGGAAGCAUUAUGUGCUUGCGGAUAUGGGUUUUUCGGCUUUCUGGGCAUUCCUGUACUUCGUCGGCUUCUGCUAUCUGGCUAACGCAUGGGGCAAGACCGACGACCCACCAAUUGGGACUGCCAACAACAUGCAGGGAGCUAUCGCCUUCUGCUUCUUCUCAAUCUUUGCCUGGGUGGGCUGCGCGUUCUUCGCGUUCCAACGCUUCCGUGUCGGCGCGGACUCGGCCUUCGCGCCGGCGUACGAGGUGGAGGGCGCCGUGGGCAGCCCGGGCGGCUUCCCCGCCUACCCCGGCGCGCCCGACCCGCAGCCCGCCUACAGCGAGCCGCCUUUCUCGCAGCGAGACCAAGGAAACAUGGACUACACUGCCCCGACCUACUAAAGCCUGCGGUUCGCUCUUGUACUUCUUAUUUUACACUCGACGCUGCAGUUAAUACCUAAAUUUACUUUUUCCAAGCUGUACUUAAUCAAAGAAAAAGUGAAAAGUAGGUACGUACAGUCUCAUCCAAGUUACAGAAAAUAUCUGCUAUACACACUUCUACCACUACUUUAUUGUACAGCUAUGCAGCAUGGAUGCAUUUUGAGUCCGACUGUACGGUACGGCCAUUAUAUAUUUGGAUUGCCUAUAUAUACCACCAAUAAGGCCCAAAUUGCCUAUCUGGGACUUAAAUGUAAAUCUUACAUCUAUUGUGGCGUCAAAGAGAUAUUUAAACAUUGUGCGUUACAUUUUGGUGCCCGACUUUGAUUUAAAGUUGGUUACUUAAUGCGGUCGUCCAUACCAUUUUAACACGUCCAUCUUUAUUUUAUUUGAUCUAAUUUAAAUAUUACGUUACUUUGAUGUUCCCGCAUAUGUUCUCCUGAAUUUAUAAUUUUAAGUUUUAUUUAUUUGUAUUUACAAUUUUAUAGAAAUAAAUAGUAUAUAUAUGUAUAUGAACCAUGUAUCGCUUCACAGUACCUGCUUGUAGGUAUGUAUAUGUACGACAAUAUUAACCAAUUAUUUAUGUAUUGUAAAAUACCCUAUACAUAUAUGUGUAAAUAACAUAACUCGAAUACCUUUACAAAUCCGUGGCUAGUGAUAUCAUGGGAAAUCCAUGUUAAUUCGUAAUUAUGCAUUGUUUUUAAUUUAUUUUUCAUUUUGCCUUUACAACGCAGGAAAGGGACGCAAUUAGCAUUCCUUUCUCACAACUGUUAUGUUUGACCAAUGUGACAUUUAAAUUUAGGCAUAUUUGUGUUUUAUUGUGAUACUAUUUAUGUGUAUUAUUUUGUUUUUAUUUUAAUGCCCCAUCGUUUACAUCGUGCCAUGUCUAUAAGCUUUAUUGACGAAUAAUUCAACUUUUAUUUUAGUUGAACCUAUAUUUGACUUUUAAUUCGAUUAAAAUGAGGUUAAAGGAAAUUCCCGUCAACGAAAUUUUAUUUAUCACUUUUGAAGUGUAUUUUUAGAUCUGAUAGGAAUAAAUGCAAAAUAAAGUAUCAAGUGCAUUUAUAUAAUUAAUAAAAAUAUCUCAAUAAAAUAAUCAAGCUUGCAAACUUAUUAAGAAAAGAUAUGCUAAGUAGGUAAAUUGAUCUUAUAAUGGCAUAUCGAUGUACCUAUAUCUUUUAUUUAAUCAUACAUUUUAACUAUAGUAUAUUAGGUUAUUUGCAUAUAUAAUUCAAAAUAUACACUCACAUUCUAUUUUAAAUAAUUGGCAACAUAUUGCUUGUGUCAUGUCAUGGUGUUUUAAAAUUAAAAUCAAUUUAUUAAAAUGAGUCUCAUUUUGAUCUGCAACAGUAUUAUAUACAUAAACAUAUAAAUGCUAAGCGCUUAAUUCAAAUACAUAGUAUUUUUUUAAAGAUGAUAUUUAGAAUAAUGCUAUCUCAGUAGUGUGGUUAGGCAAUUAUAAAUCAUUAUUCUGGUAUUAAAAUGUGUUAAAAAAUUAGGUAAUAUAAGGGUAAUGCUAUUCUAUUGUGAGAUAUAAAUACUUCUUAUUAUAUGCAUGUAAGGUAUUAAACUGUCAAAAAAUAAAUUAAACCAAAGACGAGUGAAACUUAAUAAGAAGUUAUCCACAUACAAAGAUUACAAAGAUGAGUAUUUCCAAGUGUCAAUAGCUGGCGGUUCUUUAGAAAGAGGUCUCUCUUAUAUACUUAUUACAGUUACUACCUAUUAUGUAUUGUAAUUAUUUAUUACGAAGUAACCCAUUUGUACGCAUUAUCAGUAUUACUCGUCUUUGAAAGUCACUGUGUUACUCUUGAUUCUAAACUGUAGAAAUAGACAAGUAUGUGUGUUAGUUCCACUGCCCGCCGCAGCGUACGGCGUCGCUAGUAUCGGAGUAUAUACGGGUUGAAUGUUGUCGCUAUAGAUGCUAUUUCCAAGUAUUUAUGUAAACACCUUAAAGUCUAGGCGAGCUAAGAUUAAGUACAAAAUUAAUCCAGAAUUUUGAUUAUAACUGCCCGUUGUAGAGGUCGGCUUAGGGUUUACCAAAUAUCCGUAACAUUUUGAAAACACCUUACUGUCAAAUUUACCACUUGUAACAAAUGGAGAAUAAAUCCCAGUUGUUACCAUUAAUAUAUUCUGUUGGUAACAAGUGGGAUUCGUAAUAUAAAACGGACGAAAUAUAUACUCUGGGUUCUGCGCCAACAAUAUGGCAGGAUUCAAAUAUCUCAAAAAAAGUAGGUACCUACACUUCUCGGUCAUAUAAAAAUAGUCGGUAUAUGAACUUGAUGAUUUUGGUAAACUGGCAGCUGUUUUGUCACUUCCAUAUUAGCUUGCACUGUUACGUCUGUUACUUGUAAAAAAGUUUUAUCAAUACAUUAUUGUCACUAUAGCUUGGGUGUACUCAUCUACAAUGUACGAUGUUGUUGCCUACGCUUCGCUUUCAUGGUACAGUCAGCAGUAAAUAUAUAGUGACGGCCAAAGUGGCCAAAUAUCACACAUCCUUAUUUCUAUGGAAUGUGUUACCAUAUAUUUAGCCACUGGCCGUCACAUAUACAAGGUGUAACAAAAAUAGUAGAGAGCCGUUUAAGCCCCAUCCGUAUCGUAAGGGCGGUAUCGUGUUUAGAUUUAGAAAAAGGUGAGAGAAAAAACUUUUGGCGCGAAAAGUAGGCUUUUGGAUGGAGUCGGCCGACGAAAUUUUUUUUUUGUCACAAAAAAUUUUCUGCUGUCCUAAUCAGAACACAAUACCGAAUAUGCCCUUACUAAACGGAUCCCCACUAUUUUUAUUACAUCCUGUAUAUUUGAUUUUGACUGUAAUAGAGUACAUCUAAUCUAUGUAAGUAUAGAGUUUUUAAUCAUAUCAGUCAGGUAUGUAAGGGCAUAGGUUAGUUUAGUAUUAAUUCUAAGGCGAAAUAUGGAGUUUUGACAUGUAUUUCUGCUCCGUUUUCGACCUUAAUGCACUAGCAAUAAAAAUGAAGGUAGUUUUUACCUCUGAGUCAGUUCAGCAGUGAAUUCUCAUUAGGGACACUUGCAUUUGAUUGUUUACUUUGUUUUUAUUAUAUCAAAACAGAAAUGCCGGGUCGGGAGUCAAAACUUACAAAGGGCAUCAAGUAAAAACCUUAAAAAUUACACUAAAUACAGUGGAACCUCGAUAAUGCGAAAAGGAACGAGGACGUUAACACGAAAUGUGAUGCUAUGUUUCAUUUUCAUUA